CAGAGAAGGAUGGAACCUUAACUCGGCUGGAAGGAGAGAAGGAAGGAACAGUCAUCCAGCGAGCGCAAACGAGCAGGGACACGAGCAGAGGCGAAGCGUUGUGCGUAAAAGGGAAGAAAAAAGGAAAACCAACAGCCCCGUGGCUCCGGCAGCGGAGGAGAACUGGGUGCCUGCGCGUCUCCAAAAAGAAAAUUAACUAGCUGUCUUGUCUCCAAUGGUCUCAAAGCGACAAGUUUCACUCUCCAUAGGCGGAUGGUGACUUUCCACGGCGCUUUGUGAGGAGGAGAUGAUGAAGAAUUUCAGCAGCAAUCCCCUUCACAGCAACAACCAGACUCCCAACCACAUCAGAGAGCGAAACAUCCGAAAGUACGGCUUACUCUCUGCGAUACCGUUGCGACUUUCCCUGCGUGGGUAUGGUUUCUGCAUGGCUACGCUGUUUCUCUUCUGUUUCGGCUCCGUUUUUUACCAGUUGAACGGAGGACCUCCUAAAAUCCUGCUGGACAUCAGACAGUAUCUCGGGGUGUAUGGGAAAAAUCACUGGUCAGUCAAAUUGGCCACCGGCAGGCUCUUUAUCCAUAAGGACAGGGUAGCGAGACAUCUGGUGUCGUGCCCACAUGUCCACAAGCCGAGACAAGGUGAAUCCACAUAUAUGGAUGACCACGGACCCCCUGCACCAAGAGUGCUCCCGUUCCCCAGCCAGGUGGUUUAUAACCGUGUGGGGAAGUGCGGCAGCCGGACGGUGGUCAUCUUACUGAAGCUACUGGCGGAGAAACACCAGUUCAACCUGGUUUCCUCUGACAUCCACAAUAAAACACGCCUCACUAAACAUGAACAGGUGGAUGUCAUGAAGAACAUCAGUAAUAUCCCUCAGCCUUUCCUCUACACACGACAUGUUCACUUCCUCAACUUUACCAGGUUUAGGAUGGAGCAGCCUGUCUAUAUCAACAUAAUCCGGGACCCCAUCAACCGGUUCCUCUCCAACUAUUUCUUCCGUCGCUUUGGUGACUGGAGGGGUGAGCAGAGCCACCUCAUCCGAACUCCGGGGAUGAAAGAUGAUGAGAGAUACCUGGAUAUCAAUGUGUGCAUUCUAGAGAAUUACCCUGAGUGCUCCAACCCCAAAAUCUUCUACGUCAUUCCCUACUUCUGUGGGCAGCAUCCUCAGUGCAGAGAGCCAGGAGUAUGGGCUUUGGAAAGGGCCAAACAGAAUGUGCUGGAGAACUACCUCCUUGUGGGCAUCUUGGAGGAGCUGGAGGACGUUUUCCUCCUGUUGGAGAGGCUCUUACCUCAUUACUUUACUGGAGCACUCAACAUCUACAACAGCCCUGACUACAGGAAAAUGGGGAACAUGACCAGCACAGUGCGCAAACACACCCCGACUCUGGAAGCCCUGCAGGUACUGUACCACCGCUUGCGCUACGAGUACGAGUUCUACAACUUCAUCCGCGACCAGUUCCACCUUAUGAAGAAAAAAAUCGGCCUCAAGUCCAUCUCCAAACCUUCCGCCUACUCACCGGCUUUCCUACGAGAACUGGCCCUCCGAACCCCAGAGCCUCCGGAUGAGGAUGAGGACCUGGACACGGACCUGGAGGACGCCAACAGCUGGCUGGUCCAUCCCUAAAUGUGGCCGUGAAAAUAAAGCAAAAAAAUAAGUAAAUAAAAAUCUGUUUGGCUAGAAUUGGCUGAAGAUAGCUGGAGGCAGCCUGAGGGCAAAGAGGAGUGUUCCCCGUCUUUCGGCAAGAAAAGUGAGGCGUGUGCGGAUCCUGACGCUCGUGUUUUCGUGGGUUCUGUUUUCCAUCUGCCAUUGACUCCUAUUACGACAGGCUCAGCACUGAGGACUAUAGGGUUGAGUAUUUGGAAGGACAAAAUGCUCUAUUUAAAAAAUCGAACAAGGACAAUGGGAAUUUAUAUUAAGCUCAAUCUGCUUGACUCAAGUUUUGCUUUAAUUUGAGCUUGUUUUAGGGUUCAUGUAAUAAAAAAAAGAUAGAAGAAAAGCAAUUCUUGCUAUAAUCUCCAGGAGAGAUUAGUGCAAGAUGUGGACAACUUAAUGGGAAAUUUACUACAUGUUGGAUUGCUGGUGUGUUUACUGUAGGAGAAUACUUCAGAGACAUUGCCCAAGAGAGAGAUUCAUGCUUUAUGAAAGGGUUAAUGUUCUAAAAAGCUGGAUUGGGACAUGGUAUUCAUGAAUUUUUAAAAAGUGCCAUAAGCCUUGUAUGUAUAUUCGUCGUCCAGGACUGUUGUAAGUGCCAAACCUCAUUAAAAGUUCCGGUAACUGUGUGACAUGGGACUUCUGUGCACAGUUAGUGGAGUUGUGACAUAGUCAAGACGGUUGUUAGAGUAUUGGUUUAUAACAUUUUGUUGAAUUUGUAAACUGUUGUUAGGUAUAAAUGAGGGUUAUACUGUAAGCACUCAAUUAUGAAUUCAAAGAAUUCCAACUAUGUGUGCAUGAAUGAUUGAGUUUGACCAAAACCAGCAGUGUAUUUUAGCAUAGAUUUAUUGUUUGGGGCAGGUCAUUUUGUUAAGAGAAAAUAUAGCCUGGGGUAAGAGUCAAACGCUAAAAGCAUUUAUGGAGCCUAAUUUGUAAUCCAAAGUUGAAAAGAUUGAGCUUGCCAAAUAUCAGUGUUUCUACUGCGUUGCAUUACAAAACUGUAUGAAGACACUGCACUUUUUUUGUGAAGUGACAUUUCCUGAACUUCUGCAGCAUAAAUGAGGGAUUUGGUCAUAACUGGAUACUAAUUUGCCUCUAACAUCCGCUCGAGUUCUGUACUGUUGAAGGGUUUUUCCCUGUCAGACUAUUAUCAUGAAAGUGUGUGAAGUUCCGCCAAUCCCAGCUAACAUUAACUUCUAUUUCCAGCAGCUACUCGGAGUGCAUGUUUAUUUCAUGUAGAAAAAACAAACAAAAUCAUCCAGAGAAUCGUAACCAUAAGCUAAUAUGUGAUCGUCAUCUACAUAUUUCACUUUACCAUCCUAAUCUCCAUAUUGUCUGUACCUUUUUCAUUGUUAUGGUUUGUAUUCAGUGUUUCCUUUUUUUUUGCCAGUUUAAUUUAUUAUUUUGUAUUCAUUUGCAUUCCAGAUAAAAUUCUCAGGAAGGAAAACAUUGUUUAAUAACUUGAUUUAUUUGUAUCUUCGGUUUCUGGUGGCUAUGAAACGAUUCUCGGCAUUUUUAAGGGUGUCUGGAAUGGGUUUAUAUCAGCAGCUGAAAACUGGUAACUACAACUAAUGCAGCCCGUCAUUUUACAGUCUUCAAAAUAAAUGUCCUCUAACUAUUGCA